UAAAAGACAAAUCCUGUGUCACUGGGAUUAAAGACAAAAACGUGUUAUUUUUGUCUUUGAGAUCUUGUUUGUUUGUUCGUAAUAAUGUUGUUUAAAAUUCCUAGAUAAACAAAUCUAUGGUUUUCCAUUAAUUAAUGGAAGUCAAUACCUCCACCCGACAGUAGAGGGCAAUGUGCCUCCAACUAGUGUGGAUGUAGCCGGAUCUCCACUAAUCAGCGCCGUCUUCUUUGCGUGACCCGGAACUAAAACCGAAGCCCUGGUUUGCAUGUGUGCAGCCGGACAGGAGACAGGAGAGAGCAGUGAUGUUCCUAACGACUUCAACACACAGACUACGUUGUCUGUGCAGAUUGCGGAAUAUCCAAGGACACAUGAUGUCCAGUCACGUGGAGGCGGAGGUCUCACUGGAGAGGGUCAACAGAGCCGGAGUCAUCACUCUGAACCGACCUAAAGUCCUCAACGCCCUCAACCUGACCAUGAUUCGUCAGAUCUUUCCUCAGAUCCAGAAAUGGGAAAAGGACGAAGAAACCGACAUCAUCAUCAUCAAAGGAGCAGGUGGAAAAGCCUUCUGCGCUGGAGGAGACAUCAGGGCGGUGACAGAAGCUGGAAAGACGGGCGAUCCUCUGGCCCAGAACUUUUUCCGUGAAGAAUACAUCCUCAACAACGCUAUAGGAUCUUGCAGUAAACCAUAUGUUGCCCUUAUUGAUGGAAUAACAAUGGGAGGGGGAGUCGGUUUGUCAGUUCACGGACGAUUUCGAGUGGCCACGGAGAAAACGCUCUUUGCCAUGCCGGAAACCGCCAUAGGUCUGUUCCCUGACGUGGGCGGGGGCUACUUCCUGCCCCGGCUGCGUGGCAGGUUGGGUCUGUUCCUGGCUUUGACCGGGUUCCGUCUGAAGGGACGUGACGUGCAGAGAGCUGGAGUCGCCACUCACUUUGUAGAGUCUGAGAAGAUCCCAGACCUGGAGAAGGAGCUGGUGGACUUGAAGUCUCCUUCUGCUGAAGAUGUCGGCCGAGUGCUGGACGUCUACCAGAGACAGAGUUCGCUGGAUGCUGAGAAGCCUUUUGUCCUGGACAAACACAUGUCUGAUAUUGACAGACUGUUCAGCUCCAGCAGUGUGGAGGGAAUCGUCCAGAACCUGAAGGCCGACGGUUCGGAGUUUGCGGUCAAACAGGCCGAGACACUGUCCAAAAUGUCUCCCACGUCUCUGAAGAUGACCUUCAGGCAGCUGCAGUUGGGGGCGUCCCUGACCCUGCAGCAGGUGUUGGUGAUGGAGUACCGCCUCGUCCAGGCCUGCCUGAGGGGCAGUGACUUCUACGAAGGCGUCAGAGCAGUUUUGGUUGACAGGGACCAGAAUCCCAGGUGGAGCCCGUCGUCUCUAGAGGAAGUGUCCAAACAAAGUGUGGACCAGUGUUUCACAUCGUUAGGAGACAAGGACCUGACCUUCUGAUGUCCCUGUCUGUCCACCUGUCCUGAUGUCCCCGUUUGGUCCUCCUGAAUCCUGUCUGAUGUCUGGACUUUUGUUUUACUCUGAAUCAUGGAACGAAGAAGAAAAGUUCAGACCUAGAGUUUCAGUCCUUUCUAUUUUUUGCAGUUUCAUUUUUCUGACUUUUUAACUGUCUGACGUUCUCGGUGAGGUCAGCAGGUCAUGAACUGACCUCUAUGCAAAGGUCAGGCACCGUGAUCAUAUCAUGGUUGUCUGAAGGUUUAUUGUUGGACGCACACUCAUAUUUAUAGAGAUGCAGAUAAGCUGCAGAGGGGAAAAAACAAUUUAGCUGUGAAAAAUAAAAACACUAAAUAACAGUGGAAUUAAUGUCCAGUUCUUUUUAAAACAGCUGUUAAAGAACCACUGUACUAACAUGAAUUAUUAUAAUUGUUUGAUUUGAACUAGUUUAUUUAGAUGAACUGUAAUCAUGUCUUUGAAGCCAGUAGUAGUACAGAAAUAAAUAAAUAAAUGAAGAACUGAUUUAACGAUUUGACAUUUUCUUGAAAUUUAUGCUCAAAUUGGAAGAAAAAAAGGUGAGUAAUGGUCACUGAUGUGUUCAAGUGUUUCUGAAAUAUGAAUUUAUUUUUUAUUUAUUUCGUCUUGGAGCUGCUAAGCUAAUGCUGCUAUGUGAUGUUUUCUUGAAAUGCCCUCAAAUUGGAAGAAAAAACUUAAUAAAAUAUCCAACAAAUUCAUAUGUGUGUUGU